CAAUUUCCGGCCCAUUUGUACCUGUUGACUUUUAUAAAUAGGGAUGAGCCAUUGACAUGCCAUGUCGCCAUUUAUAUUGGUUUGGUUGGAAUUACACGCUCCGGAAAUUUAAUGAACAUUUAAGACCUGGACUUCAGUCGAUGUCAAUGGCGAAUAAUUUGACCUUGAAGAGAACCAUGAUCAAAAUAAAAAAAAUUGAAGAUAGCACAGUAUUCACCAUGAAGCUAGUGUUUGUGACCAUUGUCUUAUCUUUAUUGUGUUCUCAGAUUUGUGUUUCAAAUGCUUCGAAUGGAAGUAAAUUGUUUCCAGAGAUAAAAAUUUCAUGGAUAGAAGCUCUCACAGAGUUAAUGCCUCGAGACAGCGCACAAAACAACUUCAGAAACAAACUUUUGCAGGUUUUGAAUCGAAUUUUAGAAAAACAACACAAGAGUUAUGAACCAAAAUGGAGAAUAAGGCGUUUCAAGUAAAUCAGCAAUUUAUAUCAGCCAUGUCUUAAGUAUCCAAUGACUUUUCUAUGCUAAAAAUUGUUCCAAUAUCAUAUUUGGUUUGUUUGUUUGUUUGUGUAUUGGUAUUUUUGAAGUACCUCUAUAAUGUUUUGAAGAAAUUGAAUAAACAAUCUCAAAAUUUUU